AUGUCUAUUGCCUGCUUACCGCCAGAGGUAUGUUUUUGAUACUUUUCAAUAGUUUGAGAUAGUUUUCAUAUUUAUAAAAGCACUUGAUAAAACACUUCUAAUAUGAAAUUAAUUGAAGGAAUAUAUGGGCCCGGUAAGCGGGAAACCAAGGUUUUUGCGGUGGUAAAUUUUUUGCCAAAACAUCUUUUUCCGUUUACUGUCGGUUUUUUCGCAGUAGCACCUUAUUCUGGAAUAUUUUUGAAUACUGAUGAUAAAACUUGACUGUCUGAACUAUAAUACUGCGUGGUACUAAAUCAAACUUUUUUAAAAGCUUAAGCAUAUUAAACGUUUAGUUGUGGCACAGGGUCAUCCGGCAUUUGACGAUAAUGGAGGAUACUUGUUCGUUGGCUAUGGUGAGCAAGUACUUCUACAAGCUUGUCAAAAUGGAUUUUAAACGGGAAUGUUACAAUCAUGUAGUAUAUCGUUUAAAAGGCGAGACUUGGGUGUAUGCUUUCUCAGAGUAAGUUUCUUAACCAUAGUGUUUAAUUUUGUGUAAAAUACUAAGUGUUUUACUUUUUAAAUAAAUAAACAAGGACAUUCAAGUCAAGUAUCAUGUUGGCAAACAUAAACGUUGGUUGGAUGUGUCUUAAAAAAUGCAUCUAUGUUGUAUCUUAUUGUUAAUUAAUAAGCUUUAACUAUUACCAUCAUUUUAGCCUUGGAUCUCGUUCAUAUAAUACUAUCCUUACGAAAAUCGACUUUUACAGAGAUAACGCCAUUUGUUGUCCAUUUACAGGAAAAAUAGCUUUAGCAAUUAACGAUGCUUAUGUAUUAUUGACCAACAUUGACUUUGGUCUCGGAGAAUUUACUAUUCUCGACUUUUCUUCAUACAUUAACAAAGUCACAAGAGUCAACAUGAUACAUCGAGGGAAGGAGCUCUUGGUUUAUAGUUUGACCGUUUUAUUGGUGUAUGACUUGAUGUGGAUGCAGGUAAAAAUGCCACCCUAUGAUCGCCCACGAAACAAGGGUUAUCAAACAGCACUAUAUGAUACUGUUCUUGAACUUUACACUAAAAAAGAAUACAAAAUUUGCGCAAGAAGGCCAUUCGGUAUAGUAUCGUACCUCAAUAUGUAUGAUACGACAAAAUACUUUGCGGUACAUACAAAAGAAAACCAACUUGCCAUAUUUGAGGCGGAGACUGGUAAAGAGAGGGGGGUAAUCUGUGCAUGGACCCAUGAACUCAGUGUCUUUGUUAUCAAUGAUAAUGACUCAGUAGUGGUAACGGGUAUGUGA